AUGCUAUCAAGUAUGUCCUUACCUAGAACGAUAAUCAGACUUCGAAUACCACGUCAAGCCCGAUAUAAAGACUUCAAUAUCAAGUCUCUAAUUUUACUUUGCAUACUUGGUAUCUUGUGGACAUGUAAAUUGACUUCAUUUCUCCACCAUGUGGGUUCUGCAUCGACUCUGAAACCUAUCACGGAAUAUGAGAUCAAGGAGAUUUCUCUUGUCGCUCGCCAUUUUAUCAAAGUACCUGUCUCUGAAGAUGACUUUGGUGAGAUGGGGAGAAGAAUCCAAAUUAUCACAAAAUGGUUAAUGCAAAUCGGUGUGGAGGGUAAUCCAAUCACUACCAAUGCAUUUUUGGAGUACGACGCACUAGUAGAGAAGACCAUCACCUCUAUUUUCCCUUUCAUACAGAGAGGAACUGAAUCGCCAAGCCAGAAUCCCACCCCCUUCGCCAACCUCAGAAAAUCAUUUGUGCCCGGCUCCCGCGGGAUCGUUAUACCUACAGGCAUAAAAGCAUUCCGGUAUACAUGCCAUCUUACCCUCAAUCUCCGUUCCAUUCUCAAAUCAACAUUACCUAUACAAAUAAUCUAUGCCGGUAAUUCGGAUCUUCCACCUCAAUAUCGCUCCGCCCUUCAAUCUCUCUUUUCCAUUUACAAUAUCGAGGCAAUCGAUUUCUUGGAUUUAACAAAGAUUUUGGAUGAUACAACACUGCAAUUAUCAGAUGGAUCGAGUAAAUGGGCUGUCAAACCGUUUGCACUCUUAGCAUCAACCUUCGAACAGGUGAUUUUAGCCGACUCUGAUGCUAUUUUUCUACAGCCCCCGGAAAUCAUUCUGGAUACGCAUGCUGCGUAUGCGGAAACGGGGACUUUAUUCUUCCAUGAUAGACUGAUUGGCAAAAAACUAUAUAGAUAUCGUCAUGAAUUCUGGCGUUGGCAAAUGAAAGAUCACACCCCUAGUCGCACAUUUCGCAAAUCUCAAGUGAUGAAUGAGAACUUUGGACAAGAACAGGAUUCUGGAGUGGUGGUUUUGGACAAGAGCAGAUUGGGAGUUCUUAUGGGAUUAUUGCAUGCGUGUUGGCAGAAUACAUAUGUAGUGAGAGAAAUAAUCACGUAUCGCAAUACGCAUGGGGAUAAGGAAACUUACUGGUUGGGCAUGGAGUUGAGUGGGGUGGAAUAUAGUUUUGCUGAGAAGUAUGGGGGGAUUAUUGGGGGGCAUGUAUGGAAUGUGACGGAUGGGAUAAGGAGGGAGGAUGUUUGUGGGAGUGUUAUUGCGCAUGUGGAUGAGAAGGGGGAGUUGCUGUGGUUUAAUGGUGGGUUGGUGAGGAAGAAGAGUGAUAGUGAGGGGAUGAGAACUUUUAUGGAUGUGAAGGAGGAUAUGAGGUGGGCGUUGGAUGGUAUUGGAGGUGGAAUCGAUGGGGGAAUGAAUGUGAUGCGGCGUGUAUGGAGGGUGGAGCGAUUAGGAAUAUGA